CAGACUGUGUGGAGAAGUUGACGCCUUUAUGGAAAAAGUUGUACCCCAAUUGUCGCAUCCAAGGAGACCUUGUUACCGGGAAAGGGAAGCGCAAGAUCGAUAUUCAAAUCAACAUUUUUGCAACCAGUUGCGUUCUUCCCGAACGCGCGAUCGACAUCAAUGGUGAAAGCAUAGAACUCGCGACGUUGGACCAGGAGGAUUUGGAAACCAUGCCUGCUGACUUACUGGAGAAAGAAAUCUGUCCUCGGUUUCUGCCACCAUUAAGGCUAGCGCUCAGGCAGUAAAAGCGCAUCUUCUUUGUCUUCUUUUUCCUCAUACUUCUUUUUCCUCAUUACUUCACACCUGAUGCAGCUCUAAGACUAGGAGAGCCGCAGAAUUUGAUCGAUGAGGUGAGGAAUCACACUGCCACAAAGCGGGGAUUCUUCUACGGAGCAGGGUCGACCAAUUAUGAGAGAAUCAUUUUGUGCAUGAUCAUGCCAUUAAUAGCACUAUAAUCUAUUUCUGUUUUUUGAGAACUCCGCCCUACCUUAAAAAUCGUAUUCGAUAUUGAAUAUCGAUCUUGAAAAUCAAAAUCUAUCGAAAUAAACAGAAUUCUCUAAGCUCUCGAAGCGAAAGAAGCAGUGUGGUUAUUCCCCGAAAAGGAUGGUCUGAAAGUGAGAGGUUUGAGCAAGCUUUCCUGGGACAGGCGAUUUGGCGGAACGGGUACAAAAAUGCCAAGUUGGAUUCUUGGCAAUGUUGCUUCGAACGUUGACGAAAACUUGCUAUUGAAUGACGACGGUGAGAAGUUGAAGAAGAUGCUAGAACGCAUCUACAAGACAGCGAUGAAAUACGAAGAUUUUCCGGAAAUCCAAGACGAGAAGAAACAAGUCUCAUCUUCGUCGGGUGUCGAGAAACGAUGUUCUCUACUGGGUGGAAAGUUAAGGAUCAUCGCCCAGUUGUAGUUGUAAUAUCCAAUAAGAGCAAAAGCAGCAAAUAUCCUGCCUCCUUGGCUUUCAUCUAGACUGCUGCCUUCUUUCAAUAAAGGGGAAGGGCAAGAAGACACCAACCAUCCUUUUGGGGUAAAUGGUUAAGAAGAUAAGCAAGAUAAGAAUCGGCAAAGGUUGUAAGCGUGAAGUUGUGGCCGAACAAGGGUAAAAAGUAAAAGACACCAUCCUGCUCUAUGGCAACAUUGCCUGGCCAAGGGUGCGUGAAGUGAAAGAUUAUAGGUAGAUGCAAUGUUAUCCCAACAUGGUGGUCUAAAGAAGUUUGGAAAAUUGUAUCCUUGGCAACGCAAGGCCUUGUGGUGGAUGGUGGAUCGGGAACGAGAAAAAACGGCACAAGAAGAAGUAGUGGAGACUUUACUGUCUGACAUGCGACACGGCGAUGAUUCUAGCUCGAGCUCAACUGAGGAUAUUGGUUCAUCAAGUGGCGCGAUUCUUGGCAGAAGCGGGCCCUUAAACAUUCCAGGAUCCUCCUCCUCAGGACUAUUCGGGAAGUCUUCUUCUUCCUCGUCUCGUCUACAAGCGCAAGCAGGAGAUGGAAAGGACAAAGAGAAUAAACUGGUGAAACGGGUGACUUUUUGGGAAAUCGUGUGUGCUGAGUCUCGAGUGACCCUGUCUUUGGACAAGAUCUUGAAUCUGACACGUGGAGGACCACAGGGAAAAAGUUCCCUUCUUGGUGGGAGUACAUCAAGAACAGACGAGAAGCGUUCACGCCGACAACAGGAGGAGAUGGAGAAGAAGAUGCACUACAAGAACAAGAUCACGGGAGACAUCUUCGACAAAGCGCCAACUUUGCCAAGAGGCGGAAUUCUAGGCGAUGAAAUGGGUCUAGGCAAGACUCUUGAGUUAAGGCAUACCCCUAGUACAUCAAGCGAGCAUCUGUAACUGUGCAUCCGCGUCCCCCUAGCUACUUACAUUCUUGGGUUUUGUUCACUUUUAGACUUAGAGCUUUGAAACAUCUUCAGUGUGCACAUCUUCUUCAAGGUGAACCAUUAAUACAUAGACACGACCCUGUAGCUCUAAUUGAUGUCGCCGCUACGAUUGCCUACAGUGACAGGGUCAACGUAAAUGGCUACUUCGAUGAUGUUGAGGUGGAAAAGAGAAAGCCGCGCACAAGAGAUUUAUUUGGUGCUAGUAGUUCAACUUCAAUAAAUUCUAGUUCAGGAGCAGCCAGUGCCAGCCUUGUUGGUUCCAGUCUUCUUGGUUCUUCCAAAAACAACGCUACUAAGGACUCAGUGGUGGUCCCGGAUUUCUUUGAUGACACUCCGCUGCUUGGUGGAAGUGGCACUGGCACUACAGCCACGACCUCGUCUUCACGACAAAGCGAAGAAAUCCUACGAACUUUGAUUGUCGCACCAUUAUCGGUUUUAGAUGACUGGGCGCUUACGUUGCGGGAAGCAAUGCCAAAUGUGCCCUUGAACUUCUUUCAUGGCGCGAAACGUGUCCGAGUAAGGGACUUUGAAAAGAUGGUGGCGAAUGGAAAAUACACUUGUUGUCCUGGUGCAUCAUCUAGUUCUAGUGGUAGUACUGCGACCUCAUCUGCUGGCACUAGUUCUGCCGGUGCAGGCAAGAAGCAAAAGAAACAAGUUGGAAAGGGCAAGAGUAAACAAGUAGUGAAUAAAAAGGGCGUGUCAACAACAGCAGGAGCUUCCUCGUCCGCUCCUUCGACAUCCAAGGCCAAGAAUGAGCAGUCGUCUACUUCAUCCAGCGUAAAAAUCGUCCAGAGCCGACCGCUACAGAAGAAUGUGCAAAUCACUUUGACUUCGUACGACACCCUUCGUGGAAACAUCAAAGAGCUCAAAGAGGACGUUCCUUGUUGGCAUCGCAUGGUUCUAGACGAGGCGCAUCAAAUCCGCAACCGCAAAACCGCAUGUGCGAAAGCAGUUCUAGAGGAACUGAAUUCGCAGAUUCGAUGGGCAGUCACUGGAACUCCAAUCCUGAAUAUUAAGGGUCCGUCGUUGCCAUAUUUUUUUUGCAUUGAGCUUGACUUGUUUUCCAGUAGGAUGGAAACGGAAAGGGUAAGGGGUCAAGAUGGAUGAUUUGAAUAAAGAUGCAAAAAUGUCGCAAGAACAACUUCCAUCUUGAUCUGAACAAGCUAGCAUGCAAAAAUGUCCUCGCAAUAUACUAGGUCCUCUAAUAAUGGAGUAGGAGACGUGGCUCCCUUGUUUGAGUUCCUGCACCUGGAGCCGUUUGAUGAUAUAAAGUUCUUCAAGACGCACAUCCAGGAACCGAUCGAGAAGAAUAGCAUGAACGGUCUAGAGCAUCUCAACUUGAUCAUGCGGCAAGUACUACUAAGGCGAACAAAGAGCCAACAGGUGCAGAUAACUGAUUUACCUGGUGACAAGAAAGUAGACGGGGACGAGAAGACCCAGAUGAACAAGCAAAACAAGAAAACAGCACAACUUCCUGUUGAUGCAGCAAAAAUGCUAAGUAGAGCGUCAUCUAUUUCUUCUCUGGGACUGGGAAGUGGUACUACGUCAGAGGCUGGGGGAAACGGUCAAGAAGAGGAUAGUCAUCUCUUAGCAGACAUUAUGCUGGAAACUGGAGAAAAAAUACUUGCGCUUGGACAACCAGGACAAGAAGCAUCCUCAAAACGCUCAAAACAAGUACAGCGCAAUGUUGUGGAAAACAAUUCCUCUAGUACCGAGGAACAUGCGCGUGGACGUCAGCAACAGGGAGAGUUAGAGUUACUAGGCGGCGAUCCUAUGGACGUCGAUGAAGAUGUUGGCAGUGGAGCAAUUUAUGGCUCUUCGAGUGGCCUUUUUUUCAUUUUCUUUCAGGAAAUGAGCAUUACUAUCCUCGAGUGAUGUAUUUAAUAAUACGGACAUACCAUAGUCGAUCGCAAUGGCGACCAUAGCACUACACACACAGAGCACAAGGAAAUCCGGCGGGGUCGUACGCUUCGCCCGGAGCGCAUCAAAACAAACAAACAAGUAAAUUGCUUUCUUCAUAAUUCUUUAGUCUUCAUUAAUGCACUUUGCUCAUUUAUUAAUAUGGACCUAUUUUUUCUACUUCCUUGGUCGACCCCCUCGAGCCAGAUAAGCUGCAAUUAAUAUUCAAGUGCUUCUUCUUGCUCUUCCUCGAUCUUGAUCAUCUCCUCUAAGUUGAUAACCUAGAUGACUCCACAACACCGCAGACUCGCGACUUGGUCCAAAUGCCGCCCAUGCACAUGACUCGACACUUGGUGAAAAUGAGCAAAGAUCAUCGGGAGAUGUACGAGACUUAGGGCUUCUACCGCUUACUACAGGUGAUGAACAAGAACAUUCUUAAAAAUAUCAUCUUUCCUGGCAGUCGCUCAGGCUAUUUUCUUACUUACGUUUUCUAUGUUGUGUGUCAUGAGUACUUAGUAGGAUGGACGUCGUGAAAGAUAUAAGUUUCCACUUCUUGAGCAGGAUAAUACUCAUUUUUAUUGUCAUUGUCCAAUACAUAGCUGUACUUGUAAUUUUAUUAUCAAAGAUCAAGCCUUGAUGACGCACCCAAGGAUGCUAGAGCUAUGACACCUCUAAGACCCCCUUUUCUCUGCCAUCGAGGAGCACGUGACUCAAUCCAACAAAGAGAACCAGCCGCAACAGAAAGAGACCAGAAAGAAGUUCUCUGGGUUGCAGAAUGUCUUGCAAGUGAUUCACUACUUGCGGAUGCUGACGUUAUCUCCCAGCCUAAUUCCAGUAGGCCUCCGAAACGCAUUAUUAGCGCAUGACAAAGACAAAGUGCAAGAACAAUUCAUCAACUUUGGUAGGGGAAUAGCAGGAAGUGGAGGGAGGAACGGACGAGGAGCGAGAGGCGGAGGAAAUGGCGGAAGUAGAGUUAAGAUUUUUAGUCUAUUCCAUCUUAAUCUUUUUGAAAGACGUCACGAUAUGUAGAUGGACAGGCCAGUUCGUUGGCUUCGUGCUUUAGGGUUGUUUAGGUGUUGACUUGUAUGUUUACUUAUCACAUCCGAAAGUAGGCGGUUUUCAAGGGGAGAAGGAAACCGCGAUGCUUCUUUCUUCUGAUGCAUCCGAGGAAGAACUGAUAGAGAUAUUGUGAGCGCUAACAAAGCUCCAGAAAUUCAAAAAAGUGUGGUGGACUUGUGGUAUGACAAUCGAAACGAGCCUUGCACAAUAUGCCUUGAUGAAUUUGAGCUCAGCGACCAGUUACCUAAGGGGGAUGGAAAGAAGGCGGUAUUUGAUACAACUAGUGCCUAGUACUUAUAGAUACGUAUUUGAUUUCAAAAGUAAGUAUAUUCUAAUAACGGUAUAUCAAGAGAAUCCCGUAUGGCAUACCUUAAGAGGAGCAAGAGGUCGAGACUCUUCAUUAUUGAUAAAGUAUUAUGACGUUGAGGAAGAUAAUAGCAGGAUCAUACAUCUUCAAGAAAGUACGAUAGUAGCAGGAAUAUGACGUCGAGGACAACGUUUUAUUAGCUCCUCUUGCCAGUACACCUUCGUCUUGCCAGUACAGCGACAUCUUCCAUGUCUUCACAAGCACUUCCGUAUCUGGACAUAACUUCCAUAACUCCACCACCUACAAUUUAGUGUUACAACUCGUUCAAAAAAUAUCUCAACAAAUAAAAACAGGUAAUGACGAGUUGUGGCCACCAAUUCCAUCGGUGCUGUUUAGUCGAAAGCCUGAAAGUCGCUAAGAGCUGCCCCCUUUGUCGCUGUGCAGACAUCGUAUGUGAUCCGAAGGAAUUUCUAGAACGACCACCAACAUGGGAACAGGACUACGAUUAAGGCUCUUCAGUAGCCACUGAAGUCUGCUGGUUUAUCUAGUGGACCCACACCUAACCUAACCUAAUUCCCGACCAGCAGUACCUCACUCCAGUAAGAGUAACAGAUGGCAAUAAAUAUCCUCGUUGUAGUACUUCUGAUUUGAACUCCUGUCGACACAUUGAUUUGAUAUUUGACACCUUUCCCAAGGCGGCCAAGGAGAAAAUAACACACGUCAAAAAUACUCUUCAUCUUCAUCAAACAAGAUGCAUUAAUAAGUAGUCACAAGUACCCUGGUCUACUUCUAAUUUGAGAAGAAGAAUGCGCCAGGUGCUGGCGGUGGAGAUUUGAAUGGGGACAAUAGUGCAAAGUCGGAUGAAGAUUGGGACGCAGAAGCUGGCAAAUUCAUUGUUAAGGGGUGUUCUUGAUGAUGUUGACUGAAUCUUAGAAUGAAUGUGAAGCGAAAGCGACUAGAUUUAUUGUGUUUGUGGGUCAGAAGUAGGUAUCGAUAAAUUUAGUACUCGGCCAUUUCAGUUUUUAUUCCCAGAGAGAAGUCUAUCUGUUCUUUAAGUAAGUGAAAUGCUACUUCGUUGAACCUCUAAUCUCAAGGUCGAGGAUAUAGUAUUAAAACGCGACAGACGGAAGAUUGAGACAGAACCUGUAGUGGUUUUUUCGAGUUUCGUAGUAGUAUUAGAGAAAUUAAAGAGGUUCUUGACAAAACGAAAUGAGGAGCGCGCUUGUCCUGCUUCUUCAUCUUCCAGUAGCAGUGGUUGCAACAACAACAACAACACUGCAGCAUCCAGUAGUAGUUGUAACAACCACAGCGCAGUGUCAUCAUUUAACAACAACAACACCAGCAACAACGCAGUUUCCGCAUCCACCUCCAGUUCCUCCAGUAGCUCAUCCUCCAUCCAAUUGCCUCCAGUGGACUUGAAGAUCGAGAUACUUUCCGGAAAACAGAAGCCGAGCGAAAGGGCAGAGAUAGUAAGACGAUUCCAGAGUGGGCAGAUUCAUGCUCUGUUAAGGGUCGUAGGUUCCUGUACUUAUAGGUGUUUCUUGUUUCUAUACCCUGUUUGUGUUUGUUAUGGCAAUGGCUCUCGUCCGUCUACUCCUAAAUGUACGCAUAUUAUAGAAACACCAAAAAACAAACAUGGAACACGGGACACGAAAACAAGCAAAAGAACAACAAACAAACAGAGUACUAUUUCUAUUAAUAUAUCUAUAAUAAUAUAUAUAGAACUACCACCCUAUUUUUUUCCUAUUUAGCUUGGCUCCACCCGUAUAUAGAACUACCACGACCGAUUAAACGACCCUAGCCCUACCUCUAAUGCCAUUGUGUUCUUUGAAGGCUGGUGGUGUGGGAAUCACUCUGACAAAAGGAAAAACAGUUAUCCUAUGCGAUCCCUGGUGGAACGCAGCGAUGGAGAACCAAGCUAUCGGCAGACUAUAUCGUACUAAUGAUUGGCAGACUAGAUCGUACUAAUGCUCAUUCAUUCAUUCAUUCAUUCAUUUACCUGUUCUGGAGGUAUCUUUUAUAUGCUCCAAAGAUAUUUAGAAUUUUAUAUCGGCAGACUAUAUCGUACUAGUAACGCUCCAAAAUUAUAGAAUUAGAAUUUUCAGUAGGAACUUCAUUACCUUUGUAGAUGUAAAGCAUGUUGAUAUUAGAGGUAUAGGAACUACUACAGCUGUGCUGGAUAAAAGUAGAUGACUUUUUGCAGAAGCAUACGUGGUGACUGAUCGACCCGCUUGUUACAAAGUAGCUGUAGUGACAAUAAUUAAAUACACCUUCAAGUAGAACUUACAACCUCCACGUCGUCCACCACCACCACCACCACCACCACCACCACCUAGGUCUCGGGCAGAAGCACACCGAUGUGGAUGUUUAUCGACUAGUGGGGAAGAAUACCAUAGAAGAAAACAUCCUUCAGAUGCAAGAACAGAAGCAGCUUGUAGCCGACUUGUCGACGAAGACAGAUGGCAAGUUCGACGAGAAGUCGGCCACGUUUAAUUAAGGCCUGCUGUACUUGGACAAGUUGGCCUUGACAUCAUCUAGCUACUUAUUCUGUUAUAGAUCAGGCGUACUCUCAACCCCUAAUUUCCAAGCGGAAUGGUUGCCAAGCUCUUCGAUCGAAAUGCACGUCCGGUAAAACGGAAUAGGCCUUGGCUCCUGAACAAUGAUACAGGAGACAAAAGGCCACGCGUAGAGUGAGCUAUAUAUGCAGAACUGUAGGCAAAAACUACAUCCACACUUAGUCCAAAGCUAGAUCUUGAUGAUCUUAGUCAAAGAUUAUAAUUACAGUCCUAAACCAAAACCCCUCGGAAAAUGGAAUGCCGUUUCCAACUUCUCUGUCUGAGACAGGAUAAGCUAUGCUUUAUUCACGUUUUUAUCGCUUCAAAUUCUAUCCAUGUAAUAACGUAUAACGAUCCAACUAGUGGACGACAUGAAUAGCAUCAUUUGAAGAGUGUAGAUGUCCCUAAUAAAAAAGAAGUGAGAGGUGCGGCCUUCUGCCUAUAAGAUAGAAAUGUAACAGUUUACUAUUUAUGACAAGGUUAGUUAUCUCUUUGUAACCUCUUUCUACCUAUAAGAUGAAAUGGAAAUAAUGCAUAACCACCUAGGAACAAGUGUCGUGGAAUCAAACCUAGCUAAACAAAGCAGCGAUGGCUUUCAGACUCGGUUUUUUCGAAUUUUGAAUGUAAAGAAGAACAUAUUACGAAGAAGAACAUUAUAUUAUGCAGCAUAAUAGUACUGAUAUGUGCACUGGAAACUUGGUUUUGCAGUAUGUACAUCUUUUCUCUGGAAGCUUUCAUCAAGUAGGGCAUACAGGUCGAACGACUGUACUCGUUCAGAAUAUAAUGUUAUGUCAACUUGUUCAACAUGUUUUCUUUUUGGGCUGUUGUGUGCCACUCAGGAAAUUGUUUUAUAAUUUAUUUAUAGAAAUAAGGAUCACCUCCAGCACACACAAUUUCCAUAGAAGUCCGUGACGAGCAUAAGCCUCCCCAGAAAGUGCUUUACAGUAAGAGACCGUAAAAGCCUGGAUAUAUUAAGUUUAUCAAAAUAAGGCAUCAUUCGUCCACAAUGAAGAUGCUUGUGUUAUAGCUAUGCAGGCGCUACGACGGGCGACGGAAGAAAAAAAGUGGGUGCUUGUUGAGUAGUUGUCCCAGCUCGUCCACGAACGACAGCGGGGGGGAGGCGCUGGUUGACUCGAGGAGUGCGAUGUACCAAACUUCUGUAUGAGCCAUAUCGGCUGUGCAGCCUAAAAGGUGUCCUCGUACACGAUGAGGCAGACUCAUCGAGCGUCUCAUCUCCAGUUGUUUUGGCGGAACUGGAGAACGACAUCGAAAAAACAACCAGCACGAUGAAGACCACUAGCGCAAACGAUCAUGGAUCAGUGAAGGAUCUUUUGUAGUUGUACUUCUGGAUGAGUGAUGAAAGAUGUUGUUGUACUAGAAGAUCUCUUAGUAUUACAGGUCGAUUCUGAUUCAUGUCGUGCAUGUCGUGCAUGGAGAUGGAAGGUAACUCAAUCCAUGUCGUAAUGCAUAAUUGGACUGCUUUCUUUUCACUGAAAUACAAGAGUCUUGACUACAUUCCUCUUCUUUUAGUAUCUAGGAAGAAGGAAGGAAGAGUAGAAAAGGAAGUAGUACUUGCAAAACAGAGGUCAUCUAAUCAAACGGUCUACCAUACCCCACGAAUGGGCACACUACUACUACUAUCUAGUCUGGGCACACCACUGCUACUACUCGUGCGUGCAGAAGGUCAAAAAGAUCCUCGUGGACCAUGGCUAGAUCGAAGAUCAAAGAGUCCGUCUUUUAGAGUUGUUAUAAGUGGAUCAAAGCUAGUACAAG